AUGGCGAUUCUGGAAGACCUCCGAGCCGAGGUUACCGUCAAGGUAAAUGGAGUCACGGCUGUCGAGUACGAUGCUCCCUUUUCUACCGAGGCAACUGAAGAGAGUGGCGGACUCGUCCUUCGUUCCCAAAAGUAUAUCGAGUCGAUCGAUGAUGCCGAGUUCUCCAUUCGCAUUACGGCAGAAGAUCGAAUGGGCUGGCUCAAGGCGAAGAGCAGGCAUUGCUAUUCGUUCGAUGUCUUUGUCGAUGGACUUCAGAUUUGUCUGUAUUUGAUGAAUCCCAGUGACAACCCUUUCAAAAUACACGUUAAGGGUGUUGAGGACGAUAGGGGCCCCGGCGUCGCUAGGCUUCGGAGGUUCAAGUUUGGUACCAUUAUGGCCAUCGAGGAUGCAGAUGAUAAGCGCGUGAGUGAUGAUAUGGAAAAGGGAAAAUCCCUUGGACUGAUCGAGGUUCGAGUCUCGAAAUGCAUCAAGAAGGGAACAACCUCGCCAGAUGCUGGGGCUCUCGAACCCCGUGAUCUUAGCAUUGCUUCCAAGGCCAUUCAGGGGAACGCUCUCUCUCAUGGAAUGACACUGCAAGCUGAGGGAGACGAAAUCGAACCGGGGACGUAUUAUGAUCUUAAAUAUCCGGCAAACAGCCAUGUUGCAACAUUCAAGUUCCGUUAUGGCUCGAAAGAAGCCUUGAAGCAGCAACUCGUGAUACCGCGCACGCCUCAGCCGUCGCCCGAGCCUCCAGCCCAGCUUCCACCGCAGCCUACAGGUUAUGACAGCCUGUCUCAGGAAGAGAAAGACCGUCUAGGCCGUCUCAAAUACGAGGAGCUGCAGGUCAUGCGCUCUUUGCAGCAGCGGGAUGUCAAAUUGGAGAGUGUCAUUCCUAAUAGGGAAAUCGGUGCUGGCAUCAAGCGAGAGCACGGCAGCUCCCCGAGUGAGCGGUCAUCCAAGAUGCCCCGAGGCAAGGGUCGAAGAGAGACAGUCGAUCUGACCGACGACUGA